CUGCUGAUAGGAAAUGAUAAACACUGAACAAGCCACUUUUAGACCAUAUAGCCUUAUAAAAGUAACAAACAUUGAUUGGGAAGAUCACUUUAACCUCCCUGCAGAGGAAGAAGACUGAACUAUGGCACACUUGACAGCUCUCAGCCUACUUGCAGUGUUUUUGGCUCUUUGCGAUGGCGCUCCCAUGACAGCAUCACCAGAAGACUAUCAAAUAGCAGAGGCGUAUCUGUCACAGUUCUACAGGGACCCGAAUGCAACUAAAUUCCGCAGCAGAAUCCCCCUGGAUCUAAAAAAUGAACUGAAGGCCAUGCAGGAGUUUUUUGGACUGGAGGUCACAGGUAAGCUGGACUCCAACACUCUCGAGACAAUGAAGCUGCCACGCUGUGGAGUCACUGAUGUGGCCAAAUACGGACACUUCCAGGGAAAGCCCAGGUGGAAGCAGAGCGUUGUUACAUACAGAAUAACUGAAUAUACAUCACAGCUGAGCAUGGGAGAGGUGGACGCCACCAUUGCUAAAGCUUUCAAGCUCUACAGUGAUGUUAUUCCACUUGACUUCAAACAGAUCCACAGCGGAACAGCCGAUAUCAUGAUUCUCUUCAAAGCAAGAUAUCAUGGAGAUUUUUACCCAUUUGAUGGACCUAAUGGGGUGCUGGCCCAUGCCAAUGCACCCGGUCCAGAGCAGGGAGGAGACACACACUUUGAUGAUGACGAGUGGUGGACUCUAAGCUCCCAAGGUAUAAACCUGCUUUUGGUGGCUGCUCAUGAAUUCGGACAUGCACUGGGACUAGACCACUCCAGAGACCCUUCGGCUCUCAUGUAUCCAACUUACGGAUACGUCAGCACAAAUGGCUACACACUUCCUCGUGAUGACCUUGGGGUCCAGGCCCUGUAUGGAGUUAGAACAAAUAAACCUGAUCCAAAUCCUGGACCAAGCCCACCAGAACCAUGUAAUCGUGACUUAGUAUUUGAUGCAGCAACCAGCAUCCGUGGAGAACUGUACUUCUUUAAAAAUGGGUAUUACUGGAAGAAGGGCUACUACAGUGGACUUUCAUUGCAUGAAAUAAAAUCUACCUGGCCGUCCAUUGACUCUGUUGAUGCUGCUUAUGAGUUCAGUGACAGAGACGUUAGUUUCCUCUUCAAAGGUCAGCAAUACUGGGCAGUAAGACGGAGCACUACCUUGCCUGGAUAUCCCAAACCCAUAACCAAUUUUGGGUUUCCCAGUUACGUGAGAAAGAUUGAUGCAGCUGUACAUGUGAAAUCAGUUGGGCGCACUUUGUUUUUUGUUGGAACCGAAUACUGGAGCUUUAAUGAAAAAACAGCUCAGAUGGUCAGAGGCUUUCCUAAAAACAUUCAACGUUAUUUCCCUGGCAUUGGGUCACGCGUGGACGCUGCUUUUGAAAAUUAUGGUUAUCUGUAUUUCUCAAAAGGUUCAAGACAAAUAGAAUAUAACUUCAAUUUAGGGCGAGUGAAUCGAGUUCUGUUGAACUAUGCGUGGCUGGACUGCUACAAACAUUUAAAUGAAAAUGAGAAGAAAUGAAGGUUUCAGUAUUAAUAAUGUACCUUUUUUAAAAGUUUUUUAAAAAUUAUUUUUAUA